GGCAGUGCAGGGUCGGGUGGCCAUUUCGUCCGCCUGCUGUUUUUAAACGGCAGGGCGGUGGCACUCCAGGGGCGGGUUGCCGUUCAUAAACGGCACCAGCUAUUUCUAGUUGUGUGCGCUCCCUGGGAGCGUGCAGCACUGCGAACCGGUGCCCGCUGUGUCCUCCGGACAAUUGAUUGGCCAAUCAGUGAUCACAUGCAAAGGAGUAAGCAAGAUGUCACUUGUGACAUCAUUGCUUACUAUGUGUGAAAUCUGUGAAUGAUCACAGAGGUCACAUGGUACGAGGCUAU